AACCGAGUUGCCGCAUAGACGUCCGCGUCACAGGGCGUAUUGUCCUGCAACGAUAUCACAGUAACUCCAACUUGUAUCUUCACUGUGCGGUCACGCUGUUCCACCACGAGACCAACUUCUGGGUUAACUGAAUAUCAUCGUUGUCAACCAAUUGGUAAUUUCUGAGAUCUUUUCUUGGAUUAUGGUCCCCCCACAUCCUUAAAAUUUUACCGGAAAUCACUUCCGGACAGACCAAUUAUAGUCAGAAAGCUCACUGUCUGAUGCACCCCGAGAUAUCUCUGCCUCAAAUUUUCAACUCUUCUUCCUCUUCUCUCUCUCUUCUCAGUUCCAAGAAAUCCCAAAAGCACCAUUUUUGCCGCUUCAUCUGUGUGAGGCCCCAGUUGGGUCAUCCGUUCUUGAAUUCCCAGAAAUUUCUUGCCGGAAUAAUUAUUCCCCAAAAAGUCGAUCUUUCUGGCGCAGAAAGAGGAGGAGAAACCAUGGAGUUAGUCCCAUACUCGGAUAGGAACUCGGAGUCCAACCCCGCCGCGUCUCCGCCGUGGCAAGACAUGUUCCGAUCGGCCUCAAACCGCAAGCCCGCCCCUCCCCCCGAGCCCCACGCGCCUCCCCAGACCCCUGCCCCUCUGUCCUCCGAUCCCCAAAUCCGCCUCGCCCUCUACAUCGCCAUGGCCCACCUGGGCCUCGCCGUCUCCGUCCUUAUCCUCUACGGUAUCUGCAAGCUCCUGCAGGAGUACCUCCGCCCGAUUCAGUGGGCCAUCCUCUGCUCAAUCCCUCUCCGGGGGAUUCAGCAGACCCUGGUCGCUUUCUGGUCGGAGCCCCUCCAAAUGGGCCUCACCGAGACCACCCUCGCCGUCCCGUUGGCCGUGGUUAGGGUCUUUGUCGGGACCCUCGGGGACAUCAAGGGGCUCUGCUACGGGAUCUUCUCGAAGAAGCGGAAGCCCAGCUCCCCAAGGCCGAGGCGGAGCCGCUUCUCAAGGCUGGUGAGGUGGUUGGUCUCGUUUGGGGUCUUCAUUGUCGCGGACGAGAGGAUUGGGGCUGCGGGGUCAAUUGGGAUUCUUGCUCUGGGGUUCUUAUUUAGCUCUAAGGAUGUGGAUCCGACUCUUUCCGCAGUCAACUCAUUGAGGAGCUCCAGUUUCCGAAGAAACAGGAUUAGUGCGUUCUUCACUCGGGGAUUGUUGAAAAGGUUGAAAACUAUUGUUGCUGUAGGACUUAUUGUCGGGAUGAUUCUCGGGUUCUUGGUCGGGCUCAUAUUCUUCUCGUACAAGAUUGGAUUAGAGGGAAAAGAUGCCGUAAUUUCGAUCAAAUCCCACGUGGAGGAGAGCAAUUAUGCAGAGAAGAUGGGCGUGAAGAAAUGGAUGGAGGAUAACGAUGUGCCGGGCAUGGCCGAUCGGUACACAACUAUGUUUUACGCUACUGUUUCGGAGCAGAUAGAUGGCUUAGCAAUGCAGUAUAAUGUGACAGAAUUCGUUACCGGGAUCAAGCAUUUUGUGAUUAGCCCAUCGCACAAUUCCACGGAGCAGUCGACAGCCCUGAUGAGCCCAUCUCCAUACACCCAAAAGCUCAUGAGUAUUCGGAAAGGAAUCAGAGAGCGGGAAUGGGGGCAAAUUUACACCGAGGUGGAUGAUCUCUUGAAAGAGCUGAUCAUCACUCGGGAGGACUUGGUGGAGAAGGCAAAAGAGCUAGCUUUACGGGGAAAAGAUAUCCUUCAACAGAUCUUUGCAAGCAGUGCUUCUGUACUUGGCGGAAGUGCUAAGUUAAUGCUCAGUGUUGGGAACUCGAUAAUCACAGGAGCAGCUGAGGUUUUCAAUUUUGUGUCCCAAAGUAUGGUGUUCUUUUGGGUGUUGUACAGCCUCAUAACUGCAGAAUCUGGCGGGGUGACUGAGCAAGUAAUGGCCAUGAUCCCCAUGCCCGAUUCUGCGAGAGUUAGGUGUGUGGAAGUGCUCGAUAAGGCGAUCUCCGGGGUUCUUCUUGCGACAGCUGAGAUUGCCUUUUUCCAAGGUUGUCUCACCUGGCUCUUGUUUAGGUUGUUGAAGAUUCAUUUCGUAUACGUGUCCACGGUUCUCGCAUUCAUGAGUGCGAUUUUACCUAUUUUCCCCCCAUGGUUUGCGACAAUCCCAGCAGCUCUUCAGCUGGUUCUCGAGAGGAGAUACGUAUUGGCUAUUACUUUGUCGAUUAUUCACCUUCUUCUUAUGGACUAUGGAGCCACCGAGAUACAGGAGGAUGUACCAGGCUAUAACGCGUACUUAACAGGGCUCAGCAUCAUUGGUGGAAUAACCUUGUUCCCCUCUGUUGUGGAGGGAGCUAUCAUGGGCCCGCUUAUAACCACAGUUGUGAUCGGCCUUAAAGAUCUGUAUGCAGAAUUCGUUCUUGAUGGACCAAAGAAGGAGAAGGAAGAGUAGGUCUCACUUCUCUCUUGAGACUCUGCAUCUGCUUAGUUUUUGGUUGCAACCAUGCGGAGAGCUUCUCAGGUCUGAGGACCGACCCGAGAAGAAGUGUAACAUAGCUCCUUGCCGUUCACCCGGUAUGUACGAAAUUAUUUUCCGUGUAUCUGGCAAUUAGAGAUCGACCAGUAUCUCUAGGUGGAGGACAUGCGCCGUCCCUGUUCACUCGAUUUUCCCAUUCAUUUGAGUCUGUACCUUUGUGUAAUUAAUCAUUCCUGUCCGUAGGUUGUUUGAGAACAGAUUUUACAUGUACAUUCCGUGUAUUCAUUUGUGAAGAGGUCGUCGUGUACUAUUCGUUAGAACAUAAAUGCAAUGGUGGCUUUCCUUGUUCUCCCCUUCA